AUUUCUUAUCCAGAUCAGUCUUUAGCCUUUUGGGAAGACUAUCAUGGAGGAAGCAGAACAUACAGAAUUCAGCAGCUAAGUGAUACAUUUUUAACACGUUUUGUUAACACCACUACCAUCCGGACAAAGCGAAAUAUAUGGAGUUUUCGCGGAGUCGUUCUGUUGAUGAAGUUUCACUCUUAAAACUUUGCGUGGGAGAGAAGAAAGGGUUUUAAGAUAGGCUAAUAAUGGCGGAUAUGAAUCAGCUUGCAGGAUCUGACCUUAAAUAUGUAACUGGACAAAAACUACCGACACGGGCUUUCCCCAGGACAUUUUGCCGGAAAACAAUAGUCUCCUGAUUCAUAAACUGUUGGCUGAACGUCUGAAAUGGCAAAAGGCAAGAAGAAAACGCUGACCAUCGAGCCACGCAAAAACAAAGUUGAAAGAGAAGCCAAAGAAAACAAACAUGAGACGAAAAUGACAUGUCAAGAACAAUCAACCCCACACAGUUUUGCAAGUCCUCUUUCUCCCCAUCGUAAGAGUCCUCUUUUGCCUAUUAAUGAAGAAAAUUCGUCCACAUGGAACGUCAGUGACACAAGCAAGCACGGGGACGGGAGACUCACAGUAGAGUUGCAUUCUAAGCAAGAGAAUAAUGGUGCACGGAUCUCCUCUUUACCUAAAGAGAAGACUGUUACACUCCGUGAAGAAGAAGGAACCUCUGGUGUGUUACUAUCAAACAAAUGUGAACUUGGGACCCCUGUUAAAGUCAAAGUGAACAUGCCAACCCAGAAAAAAGCAGAAAGUAAAAAUCCCCAGCACAGCCGGAAGGUCACAGAUUAUUAUCCCAUUAGACGGAGUUCCAGAAAAAGUAAAGCUGAAUUGAAGUCUGAAGAGCAGCGACACAUUGAUGACCUAAUCACAAACAACGUGGAAGAUGGACUCAAGGUAAAAAAUAUUGAAGGAAAAGGAAGAGGGGUUUUUGCAGACAGAGAAUUCCGUAAAGGCCAGUUUAUUGUUGAGUAUCAUGGAGAUUUACUUCAAAUUGCUGAUGCCAAGAAAAGAGAGGCACAGUAUGCUCAAGACCCUACAAAAGGCUGCUACAUGUACUACUUUCAUCACCUCAACAAAAACUACUGUGUGGAUGCUACUAAAGAAACUGAUCGACUGGGCCGACUGAUCAACCACAGCAAAAAUGGGAACUGCCAGACCAGACUACAUGACUUGAAUGGCAUACCUCAUCUUAUUUUGGUAGCAUCGAGAGACAUUAAAGCAGAAGAAGAGCUUCUUUAUGACUAUGGAGACCGUAGUAAAGAAGCCAUUGCUGCUCACCCUUGGCUCAAGCACUGACACCUCUGUUCCAUCACAUCAUCCUGCUUCAAGUGGGAUAAAUCUGAAGGAGAAACUAGGUUUAGUCAUGUAAGUUUAGUGUUUGCUUGCACUGUCUUUCAUUAUAAAAUUCUGUCAAAGCCAUUCUUAAUCUUGGAUGCUUCCACUGUUUUGUUCUAUUGACUGUCCUUAUUCCCUUGAGUGCCAGGUGGACCAGUUACUGGUUUAAGAACUACAGGUACAGAUAGGUUUAUAAACAAAAUGUGCAAGUACAAGGCAUAGAAUGAAAGAAUAUACCAUAAUAGCUAAAUCUCAAGAGUGACUUGUUUUGGGGGAAAUGCUGCAAUGAAUGGAGAUUGUGUGAAUGUUUAAGAUUUUAUAUUUGGCCAGUGUAAAAGGGUUAAAUGGCACAGAUUUGUGCAGAUGGUGUUAAUGGAGAGGGACCAGUGAAAUUGGCAGUAUUUAGUGAGAUUUCUUAAUUUUGUUUAAAAUAGAAUCUGUAAAGUAUUAUAGGGUGAAAUAUGAUGAACACUCAUUGAAGAGCACUGUUUUCAUAAAUUCUGGCUUUUAUUCAGUAUAAUGCUAUGUGAUGUAAAAAUGUCUCUACUGCAUUUUAUAUAAAUAUGAAUUUGUGAAAAUCA